CGGGGUGAGUGUGAGUGUUGCUGCAGAAAAAUGAUAGCGAAGCGUCACCAGGAGCGUGCGUGACCUCCAAGGAGCGUGAGUGUUUUUGUUUAUCAGCUCUACAUGUCGCUGUCCGGCAGGCGGUGUUAAUGUGUGUGUCCGUGUAUGAGUGAGCAUAUGUGAGAGAUAGCGGGAAUGGGGGGAGAGGGAGGAGCUGCUUGGACAUGAGUAAAUGACGUCAGCUCCCAGGUCGCCGAGCAGAGAAACAAACAUGGCGACAGAAUGGAGUGGACAGCAGGGUUACAUUCUCACCGUGGUUAUCUGUCUGUGGAGCGGCCGGACAGAGUCGGUGGCAGCCGCUGGGCCAGGUGUCAGCGGUGGAAGGGGAGGCGGCGGGGGAGGCGGCGGGAGUCAGGUGCUCGGCAUGAGGCUGGAGAGGAGCAACAAGCCGGCCAGCACCACUGACGAGGGUGUCAUCCAGGUGACCGAGGAGAGCUCCGUGCAGCUCCGGUUUUACGGGGUCCAGCUUCACUCGGGCGCCUGGACUCAGAUCCAGUUCACGGAGGUCAAGAAGGAGGAUGAGGAGGAUGAGGAGGGGGCGGUGGUGGCGGCUGCCCGGGGCGGCAGCGGUAUGAUGGACGCAGUCGAUAAAACUUGUGCGGAUUUCACGCAGGACAUCACCGUCGGGAACUUCAUGAACGUGAGCAGCCGGGGCACGUCGGGGCUGCUCAACGUGCACAUUAAGCCGCUGCGCAAAAGCGACCAGAAGAAAGAAUACGCUCUGUGCACGCUGAGCACGGACGGCAGGUGGGUGCAGCUGGGGGACAGCGAUGGCCGGAUGCUGGUGGUGGAGGAGAAGAAGUCGCUGCUACCCAUGUGGCUGCAGGUCAUCAUGAUCUCGUGCCUGCUGGUCCUCUCGGGCAUGUUCAGUGGGUUGAACCUGGGGCUCAUGGCGCUGGACCCCAUGGAGCUGCGGAUCGUUCAGAGCUGCGGCACCGAGAAGGAGAAGAAAUAUGCGAGGAAAAUCGAACCGAUCCGCAGCAAAGGCAACUAUCUCCUCUGCUCGCUUCUCCUGGGUAACGUCUUGGUGAACACCACCCUCACCAUCCUCCUCGAUGACCUCAUCGGGUCAGGUCUGGGCGCCGUGGUCGCCUCUACAAUUGGCAUUGUCAUAUUUGGGGAGAUCGUCCCCCAGGCGCUGUGCUCGCGUCACGGGUUGGCUGUGGGAGCCAACACGAUCCUGCUCACAAAGUUCUUCAUGUUCCUUACCUUUCCUCUGUCCUUUCCCGUCAGCAAGCUGCUGGAUUUCCUGCUGGGACAGGAGAUCGGCACUGUGUACAACAGAGAGAAGUUGGUGGAGAUGCUUAAAGUGACGGAGCCUUAUAAUGACCUGGUCAAAGAGGAGCUUAACAUGAUCCAGGGAGCCCUGGAGCUCAGGACCAAAACUGUUGAGGAUGUGAUGACUCCCUUAGCCAACUGCUUUAUGAUCCAGGCAGAUGCUGUGCUGGACUUCAACACUAUGUCAGAGAUCAUGGAGAGCGGAUAUACGCGCAUACCCGUGUAUGAUGAGGAGCGGUCCAACAUUGUGGACAUCCUGUAUGUGAAGGACUUGGCCUUCGUGGACCCGGACGACUGCACAAACCUAAAGACCAUCACCAAGUUCUAUAACCACCCUGUGCACUUUGUGUUUCAUGACACAAAGCUGGAUGCCAUGCUGGAGGAGUUCAAGAAAGGUAAAUCUCAUUUGGCCAUUGUCCAGAAGGUGAACAAUGAGGGGGAGGGAGAUCCUUUCUAUGAGGUGCUGGGAUUGGUCACCUUAGAGGAUGUUAUCGAGGAGAUCAUCAAGUCGGAGAUCCUGGAUGAAUCUGACCUCUACACUGACAACAGGAACAGGAAGAAAGUGGACCCCAACAAAAACAAACGCGACUUCUCAGCGUUCAAGCAAGAAGGGGACAGUAAAGUGAAGAUCUCUCCUCAGCUCCUACUGGCAGCUCAUCGUUUCCUGGCCACAGAGGUGAGCCUGUUCAGCCCAUUCCAGAUCACAGAGAAAGUCCUACUUAGGAUCCUUAAACAUCCGGAUGUCAUCCAGGAACUAAAGUUUAAUGAAAAUGACAAACGAUCGCCACAGCACUUCCUCUAUCAGAGAGGCAAACCUGUCGACUACUUUGUUCUCAUUCUGCAGGGACGGGUGGAGGUUGAAGCCGGAAAUGAGAACAUGAAGUUUGAAACUGGCCCGUUCUCCUACUACGGAGUCAUGGCUCUAAGCACACCAACAAUGGAGUUCCGUUCUCCGUCACAUGGGGGCAACCUCAACCGCUCGGCAUCUCUGAGCUGCACCGAACGGGCUCCAGAGAGCGGCUCCGUCUGUGGAAGCAACACUCAGAUCCCAGGCACACCGUUCCAGUACAUACCAGAUUUCUGUGUUCGAGCACUUUCAGAUCUUCAGUUUGUCAAGAUCACUCGUCCUCAGUACCAGAAUGGCCUGCUGGCAUCGAGGCUGGACAGCACGCCACAGUCUCCAGAGGGCAGUCACACACGCCUGGACACGUCUGUUUCUUUGCCCCCUGUGACGCCACCAGGGCCACAUACCCCACUGCCGCUGGCCACACCUCCUGUGAAGCGCCCUGCAUCCAAUUCUCAGCCAACACCUCCGAGUGACCGUACCACACUGCCCCAAACCACCUCUUCUUCCUCCAGCAGAAGGCCAAGCCAUUCUUUGCCCCAGGCCACUCCUUCUCCAAGCAACCACACCCCCAUCUCCCAAACUCCUCCUUCCUCCAUGAGCACCACCCUGUGUGCCCAAAACCCCAAUCUAACUCUGAGCUCCACCCUUUCCUCCAAGUCUCGGCUAUCUCCGCCCUCUGUCAGCCCAGAGAACGGGCCAGGAGAGACUACUUCUCUGCUCAGUGAGCAGCAGAACUGCAUGGGCCCCCACCGGCCCAGCCACCCUCACCCACAUGUUCACACAAUCAGUCACGCACAUACUGAAAGCACCAUCUAACUCAAAUCCCUCUGGGAUGACCAAAACUACCUGUGCACUCACUAUCCCACAUUACAUACCACACGGGCACUAAUUCUGGUUCCUGUUUGCUUGUUGUCACCUGACCCUUCCUUUUGACCAGAAGCCGAGGAGAUCAACAGUCUGUCAGACCAACAGACUUCCUCCUCUGUCCCUUCCUGCAUGUUUCCCUACCAACACUGAAAAAAGACCAAGAGGAGAAUACAAAGAGGGAAAAAGGAACACUAAUGAGUAUGGUAUUGUAUUCUUUACAUGUUAAAAUAGUAUAACAGAGGAAAAAAGAGCAAACAAAGCAAAACAAAAGGAAAACAAAGCAAUAAUAAAUAUAAAUAGCCUACAUGUUCAUAAAGAAGUAGGAAGAAGCAUAAGCUUUAAUUUAAUCUCACUCCCUUUACAAUUUUAGUAAUUUUUCUGUUUAUGCCCUGUCCAUCAGAAAUUCUUCAUUACAAUUACUUUACAUGUUACAUGUAUUUUUUUAAAUUAUACAUAUAUACAUGUAUAAAUGUUUUUGAUAUUUUUGCUCCCACAUUAUUAUAAUAGGGUAAAUGGAAUUGGGGCCAAACAAAAAAUACAAUUUUGUUUUCGCUCAUAAUUUUGGAUUCUAGCAGUUAUGGAAGCAGAACAACAAAAAUGAGCACUACAUGUGUUUUGGAAGAAAAUACUACAGAAUCUCUUCAAAUAGAACUAAAACUUUGGCUGUUAACGUCAUCACAUUAAUAGAACAGACAUCCCUACUAUAAUACUUCUCCGUACUAUGCAGUUUAACAUAAGACGUUAUUGCUGUUGUUUUAUUUCAGUUGCAUGGACGUUUGAGUUUAUUUUUAGAAAGACUGACAUUUCCAAAAGUACUAGAGUUAACAGUUGAGGUUUAUUCCAUUAGUGAUCAUUUGUUCGGUUUCUUGUUAAUGACAGCCUUCUUGACUUGUUUUUUGAAACUAAGGCUGGUUCUAAGAAGUCAUUGUUGUGACAGAUAAACACAUUUAUUUUUGUUAUUUACCAGCAAAAGGACCAGAUUCACUGUAUUGAACAGCUUCUUCAGUAUAAGUUGACACAUACUGAAAAACUGGUGGUGAUGCGUGUUGUAACCUGUUUUAAACCAAAUAGACCGGUUCUAUUAUGUCUGAUCUUUUGGGGAAAAAAGGCUGGACUUUUCCUUAUUUCAGGAAGCCAGUGGUUUUGAACAAUGUCUUUAUGUCAGGUAAAUCAAUCAGCACAAUGGCGAAAAUUACUUGUGUAUUUAUUUUACAAAACAAACAAACAAAAAACUGUGGCUUCCUGAAAAAAAGCUCAAAAAUUGCAGCUUCAAAUUUGUUAAUUAGUAAUAAAAAUCACAAAUUAAGGUUUAAUUAAGGUGCUAAAAAACUGGUACGGUCCUUUAAUGCAGUGUCGCUAGAUUUGUGAAGGUGGGUGUCAGUUUGGCCUACCUCCUUAAUGCAUUUUUUUUAUUUAUUUAAUUUCCAGGAGCAAUAUUAAAAUAUUUAUUUUGAAUAAUAUUAAUCUAUGAGUAUUUGACAUUUAAUUUGUUAUUUAUUUGACUUUUAUUUAUUUUUUGCUUACUUUUACUUUUGACAAGUUAGAGGACGGGCAGGACAGAUAAUAUUUAUCUUGACUGUCUUCCACUUCCAGUACAUAUCCCUCACUGUGAAUAUAGCGUCCAUACACAAGAGGCUGAACGAACUGGACAUCAGCUGUUUGCAACACUUUGUGUUCACUGAUAUGUCUGAUCUCUUUGUUAUAAUUUCCAUAGUAAAGCUAAGUUAGAUGCUGUUUAAACCUCAACAACAGUAAGACGAGGAUUAAAUAUUCCAGAGCAAGUACCAUGUGUGCUCAUGGUUUUUCAUAGCAAGUGUAUUCAGAGCACAUUUGGCUGCUUAAAAGAAACAAUAUCUGUUAUCCAAAACUCCCAACCAAAGUCUGUGCUAGCUUCGAAUGAUCUUAAAUAGGAAUAUAGUUAAUUAGAAUAAUUGGUGCAAUUUUUAGAAUUAAACAUUACAUAAGUAGGUCAGAAUCUGUUAGCUUUGCAAAAGACUGGAAACUGACUACCUACAAACAUCUCUGAAGCCUACGGAAUAAAACAAAAACAGACUAACUGGAAGCUACAGUGUAUUUUCCUUUAAAACUGUAGUAUGUUUAUUUGGUUGGUUAACAUUGUUUAGUUUUUAGCACCUUUUAGCAUGUAAGUCUUAUAAAAACACAAAAAGAUUUCCGAUUUUUUUGGUAAUGUUUUCAAAUUUAAGUCUAUUUUCACCCAACUACACACUGCACUGUAAUCAAGUACAUUUGAGACAUAGUACAAAGUACAGUUGUACAGUCAGACACGGUGCAGAUCAGUUGUAAUCUCGAGGUGCUGAAACACAGUCUCAAACUAGUGCUGCCCCCACUUCGCUGCUCUAGAAAAUUGUUGAGUUGCCAGUAAGCACAAGAUUAAUAAGCGAUGGGCAAAAGUCGGCUUAUGACGUGAUCUUAGAAUGUAGCUCGUUUGAAUUUAAUGGACAACAAACACUGCAUGUCUUCAAGGUGAUUCACCCCAGUAGUUUUAACCUUUCCCUUAAAAAUCCUCUCUGUUCUUGUUCAGUAUUCUUGACCAGAGAUACAUUCAUAUCCUUGAUACAAUGUGAACUACAUUUUAAAGUGUAUUUGUAAAUAGUACUGUUCAGCCCAUGUUAAGAAGAAUGAUUGUUUUCCACUGGAUGAGGAGAUAAAGAAGGGGUGAGGGUUAAGUACAAUGUUAAAGCUGCUAGCAUGUAAUCUAUCUUUUUUUUUCCAUCUGUCUAAAAGACAGUUCAACUGACUUUAACGAUAAGAUAAAAAGAGAGACUAUUUUUUUUAAGAUCUAGUGAAAGAUAUUUAUUUGAAAAAAUACCGACGUAUAAGCUAGUUUUACAAAAAUGCAUAUGAGUUAUGUAGCAUAAAACUCUAAAAGUAAAAAUUCCAAAACAUUGUUUCUUUGCCCCCAGAGGGCUAAAAAACUGGGUUCCUCUCCAGGAACCGAAAGGCCACAGAUUCACUGUGGGUCAGUUGUUUUGGGUUUGAAUUAAUUUUUUUAUACUGCGAUCUUGUUUUGAAGUGGAUUCCAUUGUAGAUAUGUAGUUUAGACCGUAUUCUUAGGGCUGUAAGGGUACACAAAACUUACUGUUGGUCACAUUUUUGGUUCAGCAGAAAAACAAAGUACAAACGAAUACUUUGUUUAAUUUAAACCUAAAACUAAUAAGUGUUUGACUCACACGAUUUCCAAAACCAAGGAAGUCUUAUCAUGAAAUGAACUUUGUAUACCCUUACACCCCUAUUGUCGUUAUUUCAGUUUUGUGCCUCAAUGAUGCAUAUUGCAAAACUGAUUUUUGAGCAUAGAGCAAACUGUAGCCAUGCAGUAUUCCAUUAUCAGCAUACCAGACACUAGGAGAGGCCUGGGCAGCUAAUUUUUGCCCAGGGGACAAAUAUAAGUGAAAUCCAGCCAUGGAAAAUAGCUGCAAUAUGUGAAAAUAUAGAGUUUAUUUAGCAGGAUCUUUCUGACCUGAGGGCAAAAAACCUGUCUGUUUAAAGCAUAUAUAUGUAUAGUCAAACUAGCCUUAUGUUCUGUUUCAAGAAAAUUUCCACUUCUGGUUAAUACAUGUCAUGUAGCAAUUAGUUUUACUGGUUUCCAGUAAAGCCACUGGUUGGCUGUUUGAGUACCAGUUUGUGUACUGGGAAAUGUGAAAACUUACUAAGUAAAGCUGUAUUUAUUGUAAACGUUCUAUUUAUAUUUUACGUUUGUUUUUAUGUGCACAAGGUUCUGUCAAAAUGGGCUUCCAGCUGUAACACACAGCUUUUAUUGGGUUACUUUGCCCAGAAACACUGUGUUCAGUUCUUCUUAUUGUUGCUUGUGUUAUAUUACUGUAAAUACUGUACAUGAAGAGGUGCUGGGACACAUGGAAAAAAGAGCUUUACUUGUAAUGGAAGAUGAGACAUGUUUAUCCCCUUGUUUUACUAGGAGGGCAUUGCAUAGCAAUAAACAUUGCACAAAGUUGGCCUCAAAUAAUAAUUUACUUCUACUGUCUUCUGUAGUAUUCUUUCUCUUUUUUAAUUUCAUCAUCAGGCAUGAAAACCAAAGCUCUGCCAAAAUCUUUCUUUUAUUUUCUCCUCUCCUCCUACACUUCCUUGUCACUUUUCCUCAUCUGUUUUUUUUUUUUUUUUCACCCUGUCUUAUUUCUGUUCAUCUCCUGCUGGAUAAAGCAAUUGAAAUUCCUUUGGCUUUUGGCUUAUCAGCAACACCUGCUGUGUUGGUUUUAACACUGCAUUAGUGCUGGAUUAAACCUACACAAAGCUUAAACGUUUUAUGAAGCACAGUGAGGUUUCCUGCACUGUGUAUCACUUGAAAUUGUUUGAGGUUUCAUGCAUUGAGGGUGAAAUACAUUUAGUAAAUUCCAACUGCAUGUUUGCUGUUUGAUUAGUUUUUCUGAGUUGCAGAGCAAAUGUAAUAAAAGUCAGUGACUGGAAAUGCAAAACUCCAGGCCCUGAAGGCAAAAAAGUCUGCUUUCCCUUUCCUUCUGUGCCCAGAAUACUCAUUUAGCAGGUUUAAGUGUAACAAUACAAUUUUCUUUGAUUGCAAGGGUUGAGCAGAGAUGGAGCACUUCCAAAUAAGGAUUGUGUAAUUACAGCAAUGUGUAUAUACUAUUUUCUAACUACUGUC